AGGACUACCACCAGAUCUUUGCAGUGGUCCCCAAAAUAGAGAAGCUGGUUCUAGGGAAUUGCUGCCAAUUAAAGGAUAAGGCGAUGGACUAUAUGCUCGAGCGCUGUCGCAACCUCAGACACCUGCAACUCUACGCUGCUAACCUUGUUUCCGAUCGCAUGUGGCACCGUGUGUUUCGUGAGAUGGGCGAGCGGCUUGAGACAGUCAUGCUGACAUGGCUAGAUGCGUCGUUCGAAGACCUGGCUGUACAGGACAUGGUACGACAUUGUACCAACAUCAGGCGCUUGAAAUUGAAGCUCUGUCGCCGCAUUGGCCAGGAUGCCGUGAGAGCGAUCGCAGAGCUUCCAAAUCUUGAGCGUCUGUCCUUACUGAUGAACAGGGAGGUGAACGUCGAUGUGCUUGUGGACCUUGUUCAGAAGCGGGGAUCCAAGCUCCGGACACUGUCACUCGAGAAGUUCUUUGACCUCGAUGACAGUGUGCUGCAAGCUAUUCACGACAAGUGCAGUGUACUGUCGAAAUUGCGCAUUUCGGACAAUGAUACAGCAUCCGAUGCCGGCUACGCUGCUCUUUUCACGGACUGGUCAAAUUUGCCACUCACGUUUGUCGACUUCAAUAGUGACCGAGACGUGGACAACAACAACUCCGAGGGGCCGGCACAAGCGAUCGGUUUUGCAUCCGCAGGUUUCAAGGCUUUGAUGAAGCAUUCCGGUUCUCAUCUGCAGCAUGUUGAUGUGGCGUCGUGCCGACAUAUCGAGCUCUCCGCAUUUAUGGAUGUCUUCAAUGGAGGUCAGAACUAUCCUGCGCUCGAGUAUAUCAACGUCAGCUUCUGCAACCGCGUUGAUAACGCAGUCAUCACGGGCAUCUUCCGAAGCUGUCCUGCCCUGAAGAAGCUUGUUGCGUUUGGGUGCUUUGAAGUUGCAGAUAUCGUGGUACCACGCACCAUUGCUCUCAUUGGCAUUCCGAAGGCGCAAGACGCAAUCGAGCAGUAUGGUGUGGGGAUCGAUGUCGAUGAGGCCGUGGAGCGGAUGAUGGAAGUUGCAUGAUUGCAGGUGGUCGUUAAGUUUGCGAUGAAUGACGAACAUCAAUGGUACACAGAACAAGAAAAGGGCAUUAGCGCGAGAUGACAGUGCGCUUAAUAGGUAUCGAUCUUUAUGUUCCAUCGAAUCCCCCAGUGUCGGGAUUAUGCACAGCCAAGUGCACUGGUUCAUGUUGACGAUGAUGCCGGUGACUAGAUGUAGGUAUGUUACCU